ACAGUGUUAACAGUGUUUGUGUGCAUACCUAGUGAAGUGAAAAAAUUAAAGUGAAAAAUGGCUCGUACUAAGCAAACUGCCCGUAAAUCGACUGGUGGCAAGGCUCCUCGUAAGCAAUUGGCCACUAAAGCCGCUCGUAAGAGCGCACCAGCCACCGGCGGUGUUAAGAAGCCUCAUCGUUUCCGUCCCGGUACAGUCGCUUUGCGUGAAAUCCGUCGUUACCAGAAGAGUACUGAAUUGUUGAUCCGCAAAUUGCCCUUCCAGCGUUUGGUUCGUGAAAUUGCUCAAGAUUUCAAAACUGAUUUGCGUUUCCAGAGCUCUGCUGUUUUUAAUUCUGGUUAA